AGGUCCAUUGGUGGUUCUCGGAUCAAAAUCUGCACAAGGACAUUGCUAUGUGUAACCACCUGCACUCCAAGGGCCCAAACUCAGCCGUGAAUGUCGGCAAGCUCAAGCCUAGACUGAAUAUUGUGUGCGAUCCCAAACCAUCAACAUGGCAAAUCAUGCAUGCGCUGCAAGAUUCCGAAGUUGUUGAUAUCGUCGACAAGGACCAUAUUCGUAGAAAGGUGCCCUUUGUUUAUGACAGUGACAAUGACAAUGGAACAUGGAGAAAAGAUGGCGCAGAGCACAGGGAUGUUGCCGAUAGAGGAUGGAAAAUGGUUUUGGUUCCUGCACCCCCUGGAAUAGUGGCUGGAACAUUCAAGAAGAGUGCUGGUACAGGGUUUGAGGAGUAUUUUGCAGACUCACCUAUGACAGCGAAGGAAUACGACGAAGAGUGUGAACUUUAUGAUGAAACAAAUGAUGCGCCAAGGCAAUCUACCUUGCACUCUUUAUUCAGUUAGUGUCAAACUAAUCCAUCAUAGCCGCAUAGGAUUCGCUAUCGAGCGCUUUAUUGGCCGUCGCAAGUUUACUCAGCAGUACCAGAAAUGUUUUGGCGACUUCCUUCAAUACGGCGGUGUCUAUCCAGCAAGCCGCAUCGGCCAGGGUGAAAGCAAGAAGCAGAUCAAGGCUAAUGAGGAGAUAAGCAAGCAUGAUAAACUCGAGUUGUGCGCAAGUUACGACGUCGAUUGGGUCGACAAACUCGAUGACUCUAAAUGGGUUAUUGACUUUGCGGGCGUAGUAAAGGCAUACUUGUCGACUUAUUUCGCUGAGGACCUUGAUGAUGAAACCCCUCGUAAUGAGGUGAAGAUAGACAAUCAGUGCAAUGUGCUCACCAGCUUUUACAACUAUCUGCUUUACCACAAUGUCUGUCCGGAGUACAAAGAAGAUAUUCUUGCAGCACGUAGCGUUAGCGAGGAAGCACGCCAGCAGCUGAAGACCAUCAGCAGACUAUCUAAUCACUUUCCUUCUCCGUUCAACAAGGCUUGCUCUGUACUCUUCGGUGGCGAGUGGCAAUCUGUUUUCGGUUACGAUGUGUCGUGGGCACAGUACAGCGAGGAUUGGGAUCAAAAUAUGCCAUAUUUUGAGGCUAGGGUCAUCGUAGGUGCUGGAUUCACGGCAUUAGCUGAAGACACACUAUUCAACGUAGCAUUUCCAGAGAUAGGAACCGAUCCAGGCCCUUUGUCCGGCUUAAAAUUCACGGAUAAGCGAAUCGCCACUUUGGACGUUGUCGACAUCGAACGUGCCACCGACGAGACUCGCAAGUUUUACGAAACAUCUGGUUUAAAUGCCAAACAAGUCCAUGCAGCACCCAUCGGUAAAUUGAUCUGUAAUUACUGGCACCUACCUAUGGAAGAAGAAUGGGACAGCGUGCACAGCCUCCUUCCUGAGAUCGAAUGCAACGCAACAUACACAUUCUGGCUUGAGGACUACAUUUUAGAAGACUGCUUUAUCGGCAUGAAGAUGCGGGCAUCUAUUCAAAGACUCGGAGCGAAGGACGAAUUUCGCGACAAAGUUGACGCAAUCUGGAUUUUGGACUCGAUUUCAAGGAUAUACUGCUCGUUUGCUACGUUCCUGACGAAUGAACUCUGUAGGAAGAAGUUUAAAGGGAUAGAAUGGACUGAUGAAGUUGCGUUGCUGGGUUGUGCGCACAAAGAGGCGGAGAAGGCGAGACUAGUAUGGGCGGAGAUGAAGGAAAGAAUGGAUAAAGAGAGUCAAAGUGAUGGCGACGGUAACGAAGAUGCCAGGAACCACUUGAUCAUCUAG